GUCCUGGAUGCCUCCACACUCAGCUUUGGAACUCGAGUCAAGUGGUUCGCCAUAUGUUUUAUUGUGGGCAUUGUGUGCUCUAUUCUUGGAACAGCGUUGCUCUGGCUCCCAAAGGGGAUCAAGCUUUUUGCAGUGUUUUACACCCUGGGCAACAUUGCUGCGUUAGCCAGCACGUGUUUCCUGAUGGGGCCGGUGAAGCAACUGAAAACCAUGUUUGAGCCCAAAAGAGCAGUAGCUACAGUGGUGAUGCUGCUUUGGCUGCUGUUGACUCUGUGCGCUGUGUUCUGGUGGAACAAGAAAGGCUUGGCGAUGUUAUUCUGCAUAUUGCAGUUCUUGGCAAUGACCUGGUAUAGUCUGUCAUACAUUCCUUAUGCGAGGUGA